AUGAAUGUAACUCUGAUAACCGAUAGUUCAAAAGAGGACACUGGCAACCAGUAUAUAUUUGUUGAUCGAAAAUGGAUGUCACAAUUACGAUAUAUUUUGGGUACUGGAUUUGAACAUCUUUUUGUUGAAGAUAAAUCAUUGUCAAAAAACGUCAAUAAUGGUAUUGGUUUUAUCAUUAAAAGUCAAAGUUUGGAAACUGUGCUAAAAGAGAGGUUAAAUAAAUUAAUUGAACAUGUAUAUGAACAAAGAGGAAAUCAUGAAGGAAAAUCAUUUUUGCAGAUUUUGGAUCAGAAAGAGAUUAUUGAAAUUGAUUUAACACAAGAGAAGCCUUUAGCAAUUUUGAGAAAAUUCGGCAGUAAAAAAAUUCGUGAAAUUCACUUUGAUAUGUUUUUCUGUGCUGAUAGUUAUAACGAUAAUAUUUCUAAUAAAUUUUUAGGUAAUUUUUGA